AUGAGGGAGAGCGAACCUGUGAACCUGACACGUGCUUUGGAGGAAACUGAUCAAAGAGGGUGGUUUCCACUGCACAAGGCUGCAGCUUGGCCAAUUCCACAAAUACUUGCAGUCAUUUUAGAUGCCUCUUAUGAAACAAUGUUGGAAUACAAAACAUGCAAUGGAGAAACAGCUUUAAGCUUCACAGCAAAAGGUUUUGUGGAAAAUGUGUGAGUGUUAGUGGAAAACUGUGUUUAUCCCAAUACCUCAAAUUACAAAGGAGAAACUCCACUUCUUAUUGCUACAAGAUGGGGCUCUUUUGAAAUGGUAUCCACUCUGAUUAAAUACAACUGUACUAUCCACCAACUGUGCAUGAAAUGUUGGUCAGCAAUGCAUGAAGAUGCCAAACAGAGAUGCAAAGACAUUGUUGAUCUUCUGAAGAAUGGUGGAAAUGUGAACAUUAAGGGUGAAUAUUGAGCAACACCAUUAGGUGUUGCUGAUGAAUAUGGUCAAUGUGAUGUGCUGGAGCAUCUUAAUCGUAAAUGUGGAGAUGUCCAGGCCUUAGCAGAUGAUCAUGCAUCAGUACUGUUUAAAGUAGCUGGAGGAGGUAAUCCAGACUCCAUAGCCCUUCUUUUGGAAUACAGAGGAAGGGGUAAUUAUUUUUCAUUAGCAUGCAGAGGAACUGGUUUUUAUAAUCCUUUCUUUUUGAAACAUCUGUGUCUGAAAAUAUGUAAACUCAUGUGCUUAAAGAGACUCCAGAAACUGUCAUCCAUGAAGAAAUUUCCACUUCCACCAGUUCUCAAGAACUUAAUUCUAUAUAAAAAAUAUGAUCUGUAUGGAAAAGGGAUGUAUUUAGAAUAGUUUUUAAAAAUAACUGUAUACAGUCUGUAAUUUGACUAAUUUCUUCAUUUUUUUAACGAACUGGAGAACUGUUUGAUGUUUCAUAUACCUU